AUGUUAACGAUAAAACGUUUACGUCCAUCUGCAUCAGUUAUUUGUUCAUGUCGAACAACACAAUUAUUUACGAAACAAAUUCGUGCUCAAUCAACGAGUACUUCCUCCACAAAUAAAAAUGAAAAAAUUGAAUAUCCAUUGCUUGAUACAAAAUUUAAUCAGUAUCAAAUAGCUUAUCGUUAUCGACGUAGUAUUGAACUUUUACGUGGGUAUUUUGUUUAUCGAUUAUUUUCGAUUAAUUUUCUUGUGAAUAAUCAAACACAAAUUGCUAAAUGGGGUCAACGUAUUCUUGGUACUCGUUUAUUUAAUAGUGCUUUAAAAUUAACUGCUUUUGGGCAUUUUGUUGGUGGUGAAACUCCUCGAGAGAUUACGCCUGUUAUCAAACGAUUACAAAGAUAUGGUGUCAGACCUAUACUAGAUUAUAGCGUUGAAAGUGAUGAUGCUGAGACUUCAUCGACAUCGUUAGAUCAGCAUAAUCGAAUGCACGAUCAUAAUGCAAAUCAAUUUAUUGAAUGUAUUAAAACAUCACAUGAUGUUUGUGGACCGAAUAAUUUAAUUGCAAUCAAAGUCACAGCUCUUAUUCGACCUCUUGUUCUGAAGAAAUUUAAUACAUUUUUAAAAUCUAUUGAAAAUCGCUCAAUAUUACCAUCAAUAUUUGAAUUAAUGAAUAAAAAACAAAAAAAUGAAAAUAUGAUCGAAUCAUUUCAACAAUCUAUAAAGUCACAGAAUGUAGUAUCAAAGAAUAUUAGCUUGACAUAUGAAGAAUUAACCGAAAUUUAUAAUCUUCUUAUACGUUUAAAUAAUAUUGCUCAAGCAUCUGUUGAACAAAAAAUUCCGAUAAUGGUCGAUGCUGAACAAUCCUAUUUUCAAAUUGCAAUCAAUUAUCUUGCAACUGAAUUACAACGUUAUUAUAAUAAGAAUGAUAAACCAUUUAUUUAUGGAACAUAUCAAUGUUAUUUAAAAGAAACAUCGAAUUUCUUGGAACGUGAUCUUAUUCAAGCUGAAAAAUAUAAUUAUAUAUUUGCAGCUAAACUUGUACGUGGUGCUUAUAUGGAUCAAGAACGUCGAUUAGCUCAAGAACGUGGAUAUGAAGAUCCAAUUAAUCCAACUUUUGAAGCUACAUCCAAAAUGUAUCAUGCAUGUCUUGAUCAAGUGUUACAAAGUAUUACUAAACGUGAUCUGGGUCAAGUUCGAAUUAUGGUUGCUUCACAUAAUGAAGAUACGAUACGAUAUGCUAUUCAAAAAAUGAAAGAUUAUAAUAUACGUCGUGGUUCAUCAUUAGUUUCAUUUGCAUCACUUUAUGGAAUGAGUGAUUAUGUUGCUUUUGCUUUAGCUAACUCUGGUUAUAAGACGUAUAAAUAUUUACCAUAUGGACCAAUUGAAUCAUUACAACCAUAUUUAUUUCGACGAGCUCAAGAAAAUCGAGCAGUAUUUGAAAAAGCUGAUAAAGAUCGACGACUUCAUUUAAAAGCAUUAAAAGAUCGAGUUUUACAUUUGAAAAUUUAA